CCGAACCGGAAGUGAUGUCACUAAUUCUCUGUUCCACGCUUUCAGUGGUAAUCAAAACAAAACUUUAACACAAUUAAGCCAAGAUUAGAGUUUAUAUAUAAAUAUCAGGUUUUAUGGUGAUGAUGAUGAACAAUUGUAUAGUUCCUUUCUAAAUAUACAACAAAUGCUUUAAAAAUGCAUAAAGCCAACCACAAAAUGAAGGAGGUCGAAAAUAAGCGACAAAAAGUUUGAUGCAACAACAACAACAACAACCAUCAUCAAGGUUGAUUAAAGUGUUGGAUUGAUUAGAUCCGGAUCGAUACUAAAUGGCUGAAGAUCAAACAUCUGGAAUGACGACGACUUCGACUUGUAUAACAACAACAACCACAUCAACAUCAUCGAUGUCCUUAUCGAGUGGCAAGAGUUCGAUCAGCUCAGAGACUCCUCCAGUUGCUGCUGUGGCCGUGACCACAAUUAAGCCAUCAUCGGAUGAAAAUAAAACGAAACUACUACAGUUGUUCAUCUCAAAGCAAAAAGGACAGAAUGCUUUCUGUUGUGUACCACUGUGUAAGAAUUCUUCAAAGAAAAAUCCCAAUUUGCAUUUCCACACUUUUCCAAAAGAAGACAAGAUAAUUACUUCUGGUGCUCGAUGUGGAGAAAAUCUUCGGAAAGUUUGGCUUUGUCAAAUCCACCGCAAAAAAUUCAAAAUUACAAAAGAUACUCUUGUGUGUAGCGAACAUUUCAACAACGAAGAUUACAAACCAAGAACCAGAAGGAACAAGCUUUAUGGACAACCUGGUCAUUCUUUGCGGCUUUAUGAUAAUGCUUAUCCAACAUUAUUUAGCUGGAACAACUGGGGUAGAAGAUCCUCUGGAACAGAGGAAUGUCAAAUGGAGACAAAUAAUAAUUGUAACUUUGAACAUACAGAGGUACCGGUCAUUGAUAUGAUGCACAAUUAUAGCCUUCCAAGUGGAAUAGACGAUGCUGGUACGAUAAUUCAGGAUUUAAGGAGACAACUUGAUCAAGCAAAAAUUGACAGUUUUCGAUUUUCUUUAGAACGGUACAGUGCCGAUGAUGCUUUAGUUGAACAUUACACUGGCUUUGAUUCUUAUGGAAUUUUAACCAAAUUCUUUCAUACUCUUGAAGAGUGGGAACAUGCUUCAAUUAUGCGGUCCAAGAUUCGUGUGAGUAGUAGAACUACUGAGGGGUUGCAGCCGGUUGGCUGUGAGAAGGGGCUUCAACUGAUUGACCAAUUAGUUUUGUAUCAAAUGUAUAUAUAUCGAGGACUGUCUGUGAUGGAUUUAGCAGCAAGAUUUCUGGUGCCGGUUGAUACUGUUUGGGAUAUAAUUAUUACCUGGGCAGAUAUUUUGUUCUUUUUCCUUGGCGUAAUGACAGUUUGGCCCUCGAAAGAAGAAGUGAGAGAAAGUCUGUUGCCGAUCAGCCUGAAUGAUUCCAAACUGAGUGACACUCGAGUUUGUCUUGAAUGUGUGGAAUUAAGAUCAGAAACAUCUGCGUCCCAUGUUUUGAAAAGUCUGUCAUAUAAAGAAUAUAAAUCAACUUAUACUCACAAAGGUCUCAUAGCCAUCGUCCCAAAUGGUACCGUGAUAUUUGUAUCUCCUCUCAUGUCUCAUUGUCUGUCUGACCAAGAUUUAACAAUGAAAUCUGGAGUUUUAGAUCUCUGUGAAAAAGGUGACGCUAUAGUUGUGGACAGUGAUUUUAAGAUAAAUAAACUGUGUUCCGAGCGUGGAAUCAAAGUGUACCAUUCCGAUUAUAAACUGUGGGAAACAUCAGAAACAACAGAAGAUAUGACAGUCUUCUGGUCACCCAUCAAAAAUGUCAUGAGAAAAAUCCUUGAAAAUCAACUUUUUCUCUGUGUUCCAUCGAAUAUCAAAGAAACGGUCUCACAAAUGUGGGCUGUUGCUUGUCUACUUUGCAAUUUCCAGAUACAACAACCGAAAACAACGUAACAACUGCUAAUUAAACUGUUAAUUACAUAUGGAA